AUGGAAAACGUGACAACAUCAUCUGCCACAGUCCCGGACGGUAUCCGAAUCGGAGUUUGUGGUUUGGUGGGUGCCUUAUAUCUAAGUGCAUCAAUCGUCACGGUUACAUUCAACGGCCUGUUGCUGUACGUGAUAUUCAAGGAUCCGCUAAAAUGCUUUCGGCGACCAUUUGCAGUGUACAUGACGGGAUUGGCGAUGACCGAUUUUCUGUUUGGCGCCGUUCUUGACCCGCUUUCAGCAAGGAUAGAAUUCUACUGUGUCAAGAACAAAGACGGCGAAACAACUUUUUACCACAUCAUCGAUUAUUUUAUUGAUAACUCUGCUACCGUGUUGAUAUUUGCCGUGUCAGUUGACAGGCUUCUUGCUGUCGCUUUUCCAAUUUUUUACCGCGUCUCCGUCAAGAACACUCACGCGGCCAUUGUCAUUGUUUGCGCCUGGUUUUAUUGCAUGGCGUUCAGUUUAAUUCAGCUAGCGGACGUCGCUGAUGAAAUUUACGACACGGUGGAUGUUCAUAUGUUUGUUACCUUUGCCCUAACGACUGAUGGAAUUAUUUACCUUUUUAUCUAUCUCAUUUUACGCAAAAGAAGAAAAGUCUUUCCAGGAAGAGACGAAACAUCUCAAAAAGAUGAAGAACAACUUAGGCGUCUGAACAGCGAGAAAGAAUUCGCCUUCACUGCGUUCCUGAUACUUCUUGCUUUGGUAAUAACCCAGAUCCCCUAUCUUGUAAUAACAGUUAUUGAGGCAAACUGCCAAAGUUGUACUGAAACCACAUGGUUUUUCGUAUGCCACGAGUUUGCAGACUUCCUUUUAUGCCUGAGUGCUAUUGCAAACCCUUAUCUAUAUGGAUGGCGAGUGAAGCAGUCGAGGGAUUCAUUAAUGGCAGUGUUCUGUAGAUCACGCUUAGAACCCGCAGAUCUGGAAAUUUCACAAAAUACAAACGAAACAAGAAAUUAA